AUGAUCUCGACAAGGGAGCCGGAAGCGCGAAUGGCUUCUCCCUUCCUUCUGCCCUUCUUUCCUUUUUCCUCCACGGAGUGCAUAGUGAAUGAAUGCUCGAUCUGCAAGGGAGGAGCUUCUUCCUUCUCCCCUCCUUGCCUCGUUCCAUCCACUCCGUCAUCCCCCUAUCUCUCCAGCAUAUCACUCGGAAUGCAUAGUGAAAUGAAUCCGUAUCACUCCGAGUGUAUAUUGAACUGGAUCUUCAAGCACCCCGUGUGCCCCGUGUGCAAGGGAGCAGCCUUUGUGCUUGAAUCGGGGGAGGUGGGAGCAGGGGAGGUGGGAGCAGGGGAGGUGGGAGGAGGAGUGGUAGAUGUAGGGGACGGGGGUGCAGGGGAGGCAGAUGCAGGGGAGGUGGGAGGAGGGGAGGUAGAUGCAGAUGAGGUGGGAAGAGGGGAGGUGGAUGCUGCAGGGGAGUUGGGAAGAGGGGAGGUGGAUGCAGGGGGGGCGGAUAGUGGGGAGGUGGGAACAGGGGAGAUGAAUGCAGGGGCGUGCGCACGUGUGCUUGGAUUCAGCGGGCUGGUGCUUGCAACCGGAAUGCACUUCAGGAGAACGGUAGACAGCGGUUUAUGA